CAGGUAGAGCUGAGUUAUGGAAGGCAUGAAAUAAAACAAACUAAAUGUAACAAUGACAGCCCUGCUUUGUACCUCUUGUUCCUAUCUCUUCUGUGUUAUCAUGAUGUUGUGUUUACAAGACUCCGAGACGGACAAUUUAAAUCAGCUAAUCAUUGGCAAUGUUGGAUAUUGUUUAUCUGACUACAAGGUAAAGUUUCAAGAAGCGGAACGACGCUGUAACGAAACAGGGACAACGCUUGCGUUUUUUGACGACAACGAAGAGUUUGUAGACGUGUAUAACUACACAUCGAAAAACAUUUCGACUGAUUCCGAGUUUUGGAUCAAAAUAAAUUACACUGGUAAUGAGUCUAAUUCUACUUUUUGGUGGCGAAAUGAAAUAGUUAAUCAAAACUUGUGGGCUAAAGAUGACGAACCUGAUAGUUCCUGUAAACAUUUUGAUGACAUAACCUGCUGUUCAAAAUUAAAGUUUUCUCAUAACGCUAUAACUUCGAAUGGUCUUAGGGACAGUCCCUGUUUAGAUUCGAACACAUUUCUUUGUAAAGUCCGUUUAAAAUUUCCAGACAAUGUCCUAAAUUGUCUACCUGACUGUACAAGCUCUAAGACGAUACGAUGUAACUGUGCUGCCGGUUACUGGUUCAAUGAAAGUAGUUUAAAAUGUCAACCUUUGAGUUGCCUUACAGAAGAUACCAAUUGUUUAUCGUGCCGAGUCGUACCAGUUUCUGGGCUCUUUUGUGAUUGCGAAUAUGGCUACACAUUUGGUCAAAAUGGCACAUGUGUUGAUGUGAAUGAAUGCCUAGUACAUAAUACUUGUGAACAAAACUGCACUAACAGUUUCGGAUCUUUCCAGUGCAGUUGUCAUCAGGGAUACACUCUCAGAGCUGACAAUAAGACUUGUGUGGCUAUUUCUGUUGAUUGCAAUAACAGUUCACAGACAUUUCAGCACAGUUGCAGUAAUGAUUCGUGUCCAUGUCCGACAUCUUCCGAUGAACGUAACAUCAGUGACUUUUGCAGUUCGUCUUCAUGCCAACAUCUUUGUUUCAAUACCAGCACACAUUUCAUAUGCAAGUGUUAUGCUGGAUAUUUCUUGCUUGCAGACGGUGUACAUUGUUCUCCUAUAGAUCACUGUAACCGUUCAGUGUGUCUCAAGGAUUGCUCCACUGCUAACGAUUCAAGCGCCUGCACUGACAAAUGUCCAGAAAGUGACAAACCGUGUGACCACGCCUGUCACAACACAAAUGAUUCGUACAUAUGUUCCUGCCAUCCUGGCUACUUUCUAAAUGUAGCUGACAACAAGACAUGUCAAGACAUAGACGAAUGCAGUCUAAACUCUAGCCAGUGUGAAUUUUAUUGUAACAACACUCCAGGCUCAUACGUCUGCACAUGUCCAGAAGGAGAUUAUCUUUCAGGAAACAGACAAUCAUGCAACCAAAAUAGACCCCAGUCUCAAUGUCCGUGUCAAUGUUCUAGCUCUUUAAAAAGAAAAAUGUCUUCAGAAGAAAUAAAAGAGACGCUGAGAGUCCUACAACAAGAGCUUCAAGUUGAUACGUCCAGUCUACUCUCUACUCAGUUGCUCUACACAAGUCAGACAGACGACCGCCCUUCCAGCACUGCCAUUGGCUACUUCGGAAUUGUGUUUCUAGCAAUUGUAUUGGGAUUUAUUUGUAUGUCCGAUGUUUUGACGUUGUUAGGUCACAUGGUAGACAAAGUCAAAAUAAACCUGAAUGGCGGAAAGAAAGUUUAAGUAAAUAAUAUUUUGUUCUAGAUAAAUAAUGAAUGGUACGUCUAUCUGUCUGCUGCCGGAGAUUUUGUUGCCUCAUUGAAGCAUUGGUCCGGAUAACGAGAACAUUUACAAAUAACAACAAAAGAAAAUUCGAAUUGUUCAACAAUAAUGACCUCAUUGCGUUAAUACAGAAGCAUUGUAUUUAAAGAAGGUCGACAUUCCCAAGACAUUCUGUACGGUGAUCUAACAGAGGGCAGGAGUGACGCUUGUCGUCCUCUUUUAAGGUAUACUGAUGCUUGCAAACACGACAGGAAGCUCUUCAAAAUCGACACUAGGAGCUGGGGAAAAUGGCACUGGAUAGAUCCACAUGGAGUGCGAGCAUAAAAGAUGCCAUACACAAUAGUAGUAGAAAGAAGGGUGAAAAUCCAUAUGCCCAACCUAUAUCAAGGAUUGGCCUCAAUAGUCACACAAGAAGUUGCAUAUGGAAAAAGAUUUUCUCUCAAGACGUAAGAUGCCACAGUAAGAUUGUAUUUAAAGCAUUAUGUCGUGUGAAUGUUGUUCGAAUUUUUAUUGUUUUUGUACAGUAGUUUCGCUGAGCUUGUCAAUUGUAGUCAAACUGUAUUUCCAUUAGAUUGGAUCAAUAAAAAUUAUCUUAUCUUAUCUUAUGUAUGGGACAAGAAAGUAUAAUCAUUAUUUUCUAUUCAAUGUACUUGACACUAAAUAUUGGUAUCGUUGUUCAUUUGUCAUUCAGUUACCGCAACUUAUUAGAUAUAAAAAAAAAUGAAUUCGAAAUCUAUAUUUAAUCAUACAUUGUUACGUUCUUAUAGACCUUUUUUUCUUUAAAAGUCAUAGUACAGUUGUACAUAGUGCUGUUCACUGUAGUAUACUGAUGGACAUGUGGAAUAGUAAGUAUGUAUUAUAUAGUCUAAAAUUAUCAUUCUACACGGGUCUACUUUGACGAAGGUCUGUGUAAUUUCCAAACUAUCAAAAUGUAUGAGGAAAAAAUGGAGAGAGUUUUAAGUACAAAGUAUUGUACUGAUAUUAAACUGAUGUUUCGACAAGGAUAGACGUCUAAGUUGUUUUUUAGUUUUGUAAACGUAUAUUCAGAAAUGAUGAUAGUUUCGACCUAGUCCAGACCUGUUGCAGGACAAGAUGGCGGGAGAACGGUAUUAGUAACAGUCCAUGUCUUCUAAAAACGAAAUUAUCUGCUGAUUCAAGUUUUAUCUACACUUGGUCUCGCCAAUAAUUGUGUCUGCACCUUGAAAUUGUGUUUAGUUAAUGUGUCUGGAGAGAGGGGAAGACAAAAUGUAUUUCAAUGCUACAAGGUAUCUAAAUACUUCAUUCUAAAAAGAUGAUUCUUCAGUAGCCUUUUAAAUGACAUGAAAUCGGGUCUCUGUUUUCUACAAUAAAUAUUCUAUUUGUUAAUAAACUGUUGAUCCCUAUCUGUAACUCCCUACACCAAUCGCUAGUCGAUAAAUGUAACCGAUUUCAAACACUUUUAACGUCUAGAUAGUCUCUCAAAGUUUGAUUCCUUAGGUAUAGUUCAAACUUUCCUAUUCAGUGUUUUCCUGUAUCGGUUAAUUUAGAUAAAGCCCUUAAAAGCGUGGCCUAUAUUGCAACCAAAAGGACAAGCUGUAGACUGGAGCGGUCAAUCGAUUACAAAACUUUGCUACAUUAAGAAGCAUUAAAGGUUUCAUUUUAUGUAAUACAAAUAUAUUUUUAACACUUGUUACUAGUGUGUGUGUGAAUCAACUACUGGAAUUGCUGACGGCAUGUGAAUGUUUAAAACUGAGGGAACAGCUUUUAAGUAGUGAGAUUGGGGGGGGGGGGGGAAUACAAU